UUGACUGUGUGUUGGAGGCAGCUGUAGUAGUCCUCACUUUUCCUCACAAAUUUAACCCAUUUCUCAACCGCAAGCCAUAAUUUCCAUCUCGCAGUAGGGAAAUCAGGCAGAAAGGUGACAAAUCGUGCAUCGUAGCGCAUGUAUAGCGGGUGAAAACGCUUAGAAACACAGUGAACACGGCCGUAAAGAACGCUAUAUAGAUCACCGGUAAUUUCAAAGUUAUCCAGUGGGUGACGCGCCGUGGAGGAGGGAGCGAGAAAGAGAGGGAGAGAGAAAAAGAGAAAGAGAGAGGAGACCCAUGGCGUGGUCCGGAAUUCUCGUAGCUCUGGCACCUUCAUUGUGUAACUCCCUCCUCCUCUCUUGUCAUUUGUGCGACUUAUCUCAGCGGCCAGCAGUUGAAGUGGUGCUAGAAGGAGCGAAUAAAUAAACCCAGAAAACUAGACACAGUGCAGAGGCAGACACGGACGCACCUACGGCCCCAGCCAGCCACGGACACCGAACUAUAGCGAAGGAAACUCAUCUGCUCCCCCCUCACCCCCCCAGCACACACAAGACACAAGUUACCAGCUAAAACGAAGCGAAACUAGAAGACACCUUACAAGUGUGGUAAAUAUUUCGCAUUAUUGUGCAAAGAAGGAGGAGCGAGUAGUGUGUGUGCGGGUACCUGCUGUCCAGUUCUACUCACAUCACCUCCGCCGCCACUCGCUGACUCUCCGGAUUUCACCACAACUAUAGAAACAAGUGAUGGUGAUAAUAAUAGCCCGUGGUGAUGUAAAUAAGUGAUUUCUAGUGCGAUUGUGAUGAAAAUGCACCACCACCACCACCACCACUGCAAUCACAAGUAAAGGUGCGCGGGGGUGUCUUACAAGUGAUGCUUAAGUGAGUGAAAUACAAGUGAGUGAAGCGUUCCAAGUGACACAUUAGCAGCGGUUCAAUGCAUUAGUGCUGUGAAGAUGGAUUGUACUAACAGUAGGAAGGGGAGGAUGAAUCAAUGGAUCACACGGCAGCAACUAUGAGAAAGAAUGCAACUGUGACUGAAAAAACGAGGACGACACGAUGGGCAGAAUGGACAAGAGCCGCGAAGGGGAACGAGGGGAGAAACCCCACUCAGGGCUGCCUCCCGGAAUGGACCCGGCCACUGCAGCCCUCUAUGCCAACAUGUUCGGGAGUGGCAGCUUGGGAGGGUUUAAUCCAGCAGCAGCGGCGGCGUCAGGACUGCAGGGUUGGGGAGGGCUGCCACCUGGCUUUCCCCCCACCAGCUCUGCGGCGGGCCUGGCUAGUCUGGCGGCGGCACAGCAGGCACAGCAGGCGGCGGUGCUGGCGGGGCUCGGACCAGCAGCAGCUGCCUACCAGGACCGGGCUUUGGGAGCUUGGUGGAACCUGGCGGGGCUGCAACAGAUGGAGCUCCUGGCGCGGCUGCAGGGGGGCCUUGGCAGCAGCGGUGGAGGGGCGGCGGCGGCGGCAGCGGCGGCCAGCAUGGGGGGCUAUGGAGGACUACACCCAGAACACCUCAUGAAUCUGGAGAUCUUGCAGGCACAACAUGCCGCCGCCAUGGCCGCCGCACUCUCCACCAGUAAGGCCAGCACCUCCAGCAGCACCUCCAAAGUGUCCCACAGCACCAAGAACGGCAGCGGCCCCAGUAGCGGCUCCAAGGGCAUCACCAGCACCCUCAGCUACCGUGGGGGUGCCUCCACCACCACCACCACCUACUCCGCCCGCAGCCAGGACCACCUCAGCAGCUCCUCGCGCCCCGGGUUGGAAAUCAGUCGCCUGGCAGCUUCCUCCACCACCUCCUCUUCCACUCCUGCCUCCUCCUCCUCUUCAUUCUCCUCCUCGCAUCACCCGCUCCUCUCCUCGUCUUCGUCUUCCAGUCUCUCAGGCAGACCUCCUCCUUACCCGUAUGGCUCGGCUUCCACCUCAUCCAUCUCACAUCGAUACAGCUCCCCCAGUGGUCUCGACAGCAUCACAUCCUCCCAUCACUCAGAUAAUGUGGGAUCGUCAGCCAGUCUCUCCUACGGGAUAGCUAGCCUCAUUGCCGACAAGCACCCCUCCUCCUCCACCUCCUCCGCACACCCUAAGGUCCACUCCUCCUCCUCCUCCUCCCUCACAGCCUCCUCCAUCCCCUCUGCUGCCUCCUCCUCUUCAUCAGCUGGUGCCAACAGUUCAUCCCAAGCUGAGCGGGUGGCCGAGAAACUGGCGGGUAACGGCAGUGUGUCCAUCUCCAAGGCCAUCCGCAACAAGGAGCUGGAGAUCAUUCCCAUCUCGCCCUCGGUGAAGAGCGGCAGCAGCGCGGCGCAUGGCAGCGUGCCGCCACACAGGGACAAGUCGGAACCCAAGGUGUCCAUCUCCACUGUGGCCGCCGCUGCACGCCUCUCCAACGGAGUGCCGGGGGGAGCCGCCUGGAGGGAGGAGAGUGCCAGCGUGUCCAUUGAACCCUGCGGACCCGCACCCCCCAUGCCAGCGGGGCCACCGGGCUCUGACGACGCCCCACUCAACCUCUCCAUGAAGACUGAGGGCAUCAAGGCCGUGAAGAUAGGAGAGAAGCGGGACCACAAGGACUCACAGUUAGGUUCCCUUGGGCUGAGCCGAGGUGUGAGCCCCCUGGACUUCCCCCCUGGGCUGGGUGGUGGCCUGGGCUCCAUGCUGACGCCAAGCCUGGAGGUGCUGCAGAGUCUGUACGGGGCACAGCCUGGGGAAUCACGCAAUGUACUGGCAUCGAUGCAGGAGGCCCUACAGAGGCAGCUGCUGGGUGCUGAUGGCAAGCGUGACGAGAAGAAGAAAAGGUUGCAGAUGGAAGACGUGCAGGAGCGUUCCCGCCACCUGGGCCGCGGCACCUCCAAGCCCAAGAAGAACACGGUGGCCUCGCUGCUGGAACAGUGCCGGGCGGCGGGCAUCAAGCCUUCCACUCUACCUCUGCCUCCUCCCACUACCUCCAUUGUCGUCACCUCCGCCACUACCUCCCCCCCUCUCCACGGGAUGGCCUCCUCGCGCCCCGGGGACAGCCUCUCCAUCACUACGUCUCCGAUAUUUAACUCGUCUCCCUCCCCCUCACCCGCCUCACAGUCCCUCCCCCCAACCCUCCUCCCCGGCCUUCCCCUCGGCCUCUCCUCUGCCUCCUCCUCCUCCUACCCCUCCUCUGUUGGCUCUCCUGCACCACCUACCCCCAUCCCCACCCCUCCUGUCCCAUCCCUAUCCAUCUCCACUGUGGUGACCUCCCUCUCCUCCUCCUCCUCCUCCUCUGCCCCUCCCUCCCCACUGCCUGCUGGUGAACCCAUCACCACCACCACCACAGCCACCACCACCACCACAACUGUCUCCUCCUCCACCACCACCACCACUACCACCACUCCCUCCUCUCCAGCCUCUCCACCCUCCACACCAGCAUCUGUCACUGCCUCCCUCCCCAUCCCAGGCCACCCCCACCAGCGUCCCUCUCCCGUGUCCCUGCCCCUCCCUCUCCUCUCCUCCUCCGUGAGCAUCACCUCCGUCACCCCCGAGGCGGCCAUCACCUCCACCCCCUCCAAGCCCAGCGUCACCAUCCACCCCACCACCUCCACCUCCGAGACAACCCCAGAUCAGGAGUUUGACAAGAUGGACAAUUCAGUGGACAUCUUGGAGGUGACCCAGGCGUUUCCGCACCAGAACGGCGGCGAUAAGCCCAUCAAGAAGCGACACAUGAUCACCUCGAGCAGUGUGGACGGCCGCCUCAUCACCACCAUCAAGGCAGCGGCGACGACAGGCGUGCCAGAAGACUCUGAACUCUCAGACUCCGACAGUGAUGAAGAGUCCACCUCCCUCUCCUCUGUGGACGAUGAUGCGCUGAACCAUGUGCCGUCGCCAUGGCUCAAACGCGACACUCCUGACUCGGCCUCCGUCUAUAGCGAGUCUCCCCCAGUGAAGAAAAGGAAAAUGAUCACGGAUGAGGUGUCGCUGCGGGUUCCUCUGAUGUACGGGUGGCGGCGUGAGACCACCAUGAGGACCAUCACUCAGUCAGGGGUCCGUGGUGAGGUGGUCUAUUAUGCUCCCUGCGGCAAGCCCUUUCGACAGUACCCUGACAUCAUGAGGUAUCUGGAGAAGAACGGCAUUACGGAGGUUACCCGCGACAACUUCAGCUUCUCUAGUAAGAUACCUAUUGGCGAGUACGUGGAAUCCGGCUCGCAGGUCAGACACUCGGAGAACGACAUCCGGGAAAAGAUCAAGCAAAUCCGGGAGCAGAAAGGUUACAAGCCACAACGGAAACAUGAGUAAGUGCUGGUAUUUCUCUUGAGUGAUGAGGAUGGGAGAGAUGCGCUGGAGAUAGAGGCGGAGGCAAUUCUGCGACGGCUGGAGGCUGAGGAGGAGGCGGAGAAGGCAAGAAACCUUAUGAGCCAGCUGGAGGAACAACACCAGCUGAGGUACGACACAUCCACACCCACCACCACCACCACCACCACCUUUGUGUCUAUGGGACUGCAGAAGGAGCAGGAGCGAAUAAGGAAGCAAGAUGAGCUGAGAAGGGAGAAGGAGGAGUUGAGAAGACAAAGGGAGGAGGAGAACAGACAAAGACUCUAUGAACAGCUGAGGAAAGCACAGGAGAGAGAGCAGGAGAAGCAAAAGCAGAAGAUAUUGAAGGAGCAGUUGUAUCUACAGGAGCUCAACAAACAGCGUGAAAUGCUCUACACUCUUGAGCUGGAGCGGGAGCGUCGGAGGUAUCACGGUGUCCUGGUGAGAGCGCUGGAGGGAAGAAAACGCCAUGAGGAACGGGAGAGGAGAAGAGAAGAGAUGAAGGAGGAGAAGCGAGCCACCAGAGAGAGGAAACGGGAGGAGCGGCUGCAGGCGAGGGAACUGAACCAGCUGAUGAAGGAAGUGAAGGAGGACAUGGAGCUGACUGACCACACGCCACUGCCGGAUGCGCCUCGCCUGCAAGGUCUGCAUCUCCCACCUGAAGCCUUCGGGAACAUCCUCAUGGUGUUUGAAUUCCUGCACAACUUUGGUGAAACACUGGGCUUUGACAUGGAAUCACUGCCGUCAAUCCAGAGCCUGCAAAUGGCACUCCUGAAUGACACAGAGAGCGAGGAGGAGCUUCUGAGUGUCCUGUCCCACCUGCUAGUCUGUGCCAUCGAGGACCCUGGCAUUCCCUCAGCCCACCGCCACACCACCAUCCUGGGACAGACUCUCAACCGCGCCGACAUCACGCACGCCAACAUCUCGGAGAUCCUGCGUGUCUACCUCAACGCCAACGCCAUGGGAGAGGUGCGGAUCAUCUAUGGCCUCCUGGGCACUGAGAAGGAGCGCCGGGAGAACCCCAAGAAAGGCCAGGAGUGGGAUGCAAGGCUGGCGGAGAUGGACGCCUACAAGAUGUCCCAAUGGCUGCUGGUGAUGCCUUUCCUGGCUCUCAACCCCACGCAGAAGAGCGAGAUUGUGGCGUACGUGUGCAACGAGCUGCUGCAGAACAAGGCGGUGGUGCGGCAGAUCGAGGACUCCCUAGACCGCCAUAAUGGACUCAAGACGGAGAAGUGGAAGCUGGACACGCGAAUCAGGAAGCUAAGAAUGAGUGUGGCGCGCAAGAGGAUCUACAACGCGGCGAUGCGGUCGAUGAUGGAACACCGCGGCGGCGAGGACUCCAACAUGUCCAGCGUGUCGUCCUGCCAUGGUGGGGAGCAGGACAAGACUGACGCCAAGAAGGACAAGGAGGAGGACAAGCUGGAGGAGGACGAGGAGGAUGAUGACAAUGAGAGUGGCAAUGACAGUGACAAUAUUGAAGAGAUUCCCGAUGAGGAGGAUGACAAGCGACUGAAUGCAGAUGACGCCUCCAAGACUCUCGAUCUCCUACAGCGUCAGAUGAACCAGGUGCGCCAAGACCUGUUCGAGACAGCCCAGCAGGUGCGCGGCUUCAACUGUGGCCAGGACAGGUACCAGCGGACCAUGUGGGUGCUGCCUCACGCCGGGGGUCCCUUCCUGGAGGGCCUCUCCUCUUGUGACUACACCGGCCGAGAACACUUCCCCCUCAACCUGCCCUCCUCCGGCACCAAGGUGGGCUUAACUCAGGAAGAGCUGGAGGACCGGCUGGCUGCAGCAAGGGAGGAGAGGGAGAGGAAGCUGAAGGAAGAGGAGGAGGCCAAGAAGGAGGUGAAGGAGGAGCCAGAAGUGAAGGAGGAGAAAGUUGAAGUGAAGACUGAAGUGGAGGUGAAGUCUGAGAAGGAGGAGGAGGCAAAGGAGGGCGAGAUGGCAGACGUGAAACCGUCCGUCCCUCUGCUGCAGGUGAAGAAAGAAGAGGACCUGAAGGAGGAGGAGGACAGUGAUGUGCCCGAGAUCCCCCACAGGAACGACAGGAAGUCUGAGAGUGCCGCCAGGGAGGAGGGCCGGGGACAGAACGGCGUCCUGGAGAGCAAGGAAUCGAUGGGGAACACCAUUGCAGAGCUGUACCCCCCCAUGCUGGGUGCCAACCUCAGCCCAUACCUGGUGAACGGGCUCAAGGAGACACCGCCGCCCCCACCCAAUGCAGGGGAGGGAAUUGACCCCAACCUGCUGGCCCUGGGGCUGGGCUUGGUGCCAGGCCAGUACCUGCGACCUGAGCACGUGGCACAGCGGGAGAAGCUGUCCUUCAGCCUCCUGCCACGCAUCCCCUGCGACGUGUCCACCAUGGAGUCCCUCCCCAGUGGCCAGACCCCCCAUGGCACCCCCAGAGGCUCCCCGAGAGAAGCUUCCCCGUGCUCUAGGUAUAAUGGCCCUCACAGCCCCCGGCCUGGCACCCCACAUGCCCCUGGUGGCACUCCAGGACUCACUGCCACCCCAGCAUUAACAAUAAACACUCCAUUAGCAGUAAGCACCCCCAGACCCACAGCCACAGGCCCCGGCGGUGUCCCUGGCACUCCCAACACAGCCACCAACACCCCGGAUGUGUCCGUCAGCCAGGAGGUCCCCACCACCCCUGAUGUGACGGCCACGCCAGACCAGACCGCCAACACCACGGCAAACACUACCACAGACCUAACCAAUGCCACAGAUCUGACCAACAACACCACCGCGCAGGGCACCCCCGCACCACCACCCACCACUCCAGGUGGCCCCACCUCCGCUGCCCCUCCUGAUAGUGGUAGCGCCAAUCCAGCGGGCGGCAUCCAGUCCCUGCCACACAAGGAGCUGCUGGAGCGCCUGCACCAGACGGCGGAGGCGCUGCCCAUCCCUGGCGAGUACAAGACUGGGUGGUGGCACCUCAGCGACAUGGAGCAGCUCAAGAAGAUGAUCGGGGCGCUCAACGAGAGAGGUGUGCGGGAGAGGGAGCUCAAGAGGUUUAUUGAGAAGAACUUUUCCAUAGUCAAGAAUGCAAUCUCCAAGAUUGACACAGAGGCCACCAACCUGGACACGGAUCCUGAGGAGGCGGCCAAGGUGGUUUACGAUGAGUUUGGCACACCGGUGGCCGACGAGCCGCAGCACUGGCUCCCCGAUGUGGCCCUCAAGGUGGACUUUGCUGUGCUGGAAUCUGUGUAUGCCAUGGAGGAGAAAAUAACAAAUGCCUCC